CGUUAUAACUGAACACAGUUUAACGCACUGACCCGAACGCUCAAAUCCGCAGGACACACAUUCACAGCUUCAUCUCCGGCAUUUGAUCCAAACACAGAAACAGCGGGUCAGUUUCAGCGCGAGCUCCGGAUCAAACUAAUGGACUGAGUCGGAUAACGGAGAGAGAGCGCGAGCGCAUCUGUGACACUGCCGGGAAAGGCUGAUGGAUGGAGCGAGGGAUCAGUAUGAGGAACGAUUGAAAAAAGUUUUUGAGAGUUUUGACGGCAGUGGUUUGGGCUCUCUGUGUCCAGAGGAACUGACUGAUCUCUGUCACGCCCUUCAACUGGAAGAGAACACGCUGAACACACUUGUACACACACUGCUGCAGGACCAGCUCAGUGCACGGGUUGAAUUUGAGCAGUUUAAAGAAGUGCUGAUUCUUGUGUUAUCGAGCACAAAUACAAAUGAUCCACAGGAAUGUCCUGAACAACCAGAUUCCCCAGAAGUCCAGCCACGCUUCGUGAAGGGCAGUAAACGUUAUGGCCGCCGCUCUGCUCCAGAGUUCAUACACAUACACACAAAUCCACACACACAGGCUGAAGAUGAGGAGGAAAAGGAUGAAGAUGCUCAAGAGACUGUACCCAGGAAACGUGAGCGCUGGAAUACUGACGUGAGCAUUUCUGAAGAGUUUGAGGCGGAAGGUCAGAUGCACCUUUGGAACCCUGAUGAACCCAGCACACCACGUUGCAAUGCAGUGACACUCUGUGACUUGGAGGAGCGUUUGCAGAACGCAUGUCGUGAACUCUCUCUACCAAUGAACGGCAUGGCCACACUGCAGCAGCUACACACACUCUGCCAGCGCACUGGCACAGAGGUGGGUGAGGAUGUGUUCCAGUGUGCUGAUGAAAGCACGAUGGACGUGCAGGAGUUUGUGUCAUAUAUUAUAAACCGCAGUAAACCACUCACACCAUCAGCAUCUACUCCCUACAGACAAUUAAAGAGACGCCACUCCACUCAGUUUGAUGAGUCAGGCCAUAGAAUCUCAUGUGCAUUGAGCAGUACAAUCGGUCUGCAGCUUUUUUCAGUUUUGGAUGUUGGAUCAGGUCAUGCUCCUGCUGAAACUCUGCUCUACAGGUGGAUGGAAGAGGGAGUCGACAACAGCUCUGAGAUCUUGCAGGCUCUGGAUUUUAAUCUGGAAGGUAACGUGAAUCUGUCUGAGCUGACUGUUGCUAUAGAGAAUGAACUGCUGAACUCAAAGAACUCAAUCCACCAGGUGGCCCUAGUGAGCUUUAAGGCAGAAAUCAGACAUUUGCUUGAGUGUGUUGACCUGGAAAGACAUGAGAAGGAGAGAAUUCGUUCCGAUCUGGACAAAGCAGAGAAGCUCAAAUCUCAGCUGGCGUCUGAAGUGGAUGACCACCAUGUUGCAAUUGAGCGCAAUAAUGAACUCAAUCUCAGAAAGUUGGAGAAGGAAUAUAAAGAUAGUAUGAAUGCUCUGAGGGUGGAGCGAAGUAAAGAGGUGGAGCUUGUGCAGCAACAUGCCAGUCAGCAACGAGAAGAGUUGGAACAGGAAAUUGGCAAGAUGAGAGAAGAUGAAAAUGUCCUACGAGAACACCUUACACUCACCAUUAAAGAGAAUUGCUGUCUGGAAACCGAACUUCUCGAGAGCACAGAAAAACUGGUGGAGGCUGAAAACCAGAUUAACAAACUACAGAAAAAUCUGGACAGUGUUUUGAAAGAACGGUUUGGUGAUUUGGAUCCAGACAGCGCUGAGUUCUACCAGCAAGAGGACCGUAUGAGACAGCUACGAGAGAACUAUGAGGAACAGUGCAGGGAGUUGCAGGAUCAUAUAGAUGAGUUGGAAGCUCAGUUGGAGGAAUAUCAGACUUUAGGCAGCACCCCCUCAACCCGUCCAGGCCAGAGUCUGUCUGAUGAACUGGCCAGAAAAAGCCCAGACCCAGGUUCUCAGGAGCGACAGACAUUAAACAUGAGUUUAGAAACAGAGAUGUUACUGGAGCAGCACCAAAGAGAGAUAGAAAACAUUCAGGCCAUGAUACAAGAAGAACAACGCAACUCAGAAAAGGAAAGGAAUCGUCUUUCCCUGCAGCACCAAAAGGAGGUGCAGAUUUUGAGGGAGGAGAUGGCAAGAGAGCUAGAACGAGCAAACAGGCUGGAGCAGGAAGUGUCUGCCCUCCACACUCUCCACCAGCAUGAGCUCAGCUUUUUCACACAGGAGGCGCAGUAUGCCAGGAGCCGUGCAGAGCAGCUGAAGGAGCAGGUGGGAGUUCUGGAGGAGAAAAAGACUGCUUAUGAGGAGCAGAGCAGAGCGCAUGCAGAGGAGAUCAGCCUGAUAGAAUUGAAGCACCAGAAGGUGCCAGAGGCAAGUCUACAGGAGCAGAGAGAAAGACUGCAGGAAGAAAGGGAAAAAUGGGAGAUGAGGCUCACGGAGCACUGGAAACAAGCACAGGAGCGUUUGCAGAGGGGCCAUGAGGAGGUUCUAAGUGCACAGUUUGAAGAGGUGCAGCAGAAAACAGAACGAGAGUGUUUUGAGAUGGAAAGGAGGCUCAGGGAGGAGUGGGAACGGGAGAGGCAGAAGUUAGAGGAGGUCAGUAAGGAGGCACUGCAGGCCGUAACAGAGGAGAGGAAAGAGAGCGAGAGGAGGCUCAGGCAGCAGUGGGAUGAGGAGCGUGUUUCAUUAGAGGAGAAGCAUCAUGCUGUUCUCAUGCAGCAUUUAGAGGAGGAGAGAGAACGCUUCCGUGCACAGCAGGAGGAGACUGAGAGCAUCAUAAUGGAGCACUGUGGUAGAGUGAGGGCUCAGCUAGAGAAACAAAGUGAGGAGGCACUGCAGGCCUAUUUAAAGCUGGAAAGAGAGCAACUGCAAGCAGAGAAAGAAGAACAAGAGAUGAGGUGGCAGCAGGUGCUGAAUGAAGAGCAAAACCGGAUGGAUGAGGCACACAGGGAGGCCAUGCAGGAGCUGAGCACCAAACAUAGCAAAGAGAGAGAGAGACUCAGUGGCCUUCUGGAGAAAUUGCGCACUGACAUUGCAGAAGAGAGGCUCAGCUGGCUGCAGUCUUGCCCUCAUCUCCUCUACAGUUGCCACGGGAACAGAGAAGACAGCACCAUAGUGAUGGCCCCAACUUCAACAUGAAGGACGAUCGGGAGGUGAUGCUGUUACAGAUGGAGGAGAGAAUGAGAGAGGUGGAGCUCAUGCUCAGAAACCUCAAACUAUUGCUAGAGGAGAAAGUCACUCAGCUGAAGGAGCAGUUGACUAGGAACAGUGAAUCUGAC